UCCCCAAAAAGCCACAGCAUGUUACUUUUCUUUAGAAAAUCUGUUCAGUUGUUAGCGUUUGCGGCUUACGUAUCACAUUGCGACGACUUCAGUGUCGAAAUUAUUUCGCCGGGAAUAGCCUAUGUGUCUAGUCUGAGCAGUCUUCCCAUGACCGGUCCCGCUAUUGAUAUAGGAGUGGAAGAUAUUCAGAGAAUUUACUCCAAUUAUUUCCAAGUGAAACUGACUUAUCUGUAUAAUCUUUCCAUUUUGAAUUGUGAUGAUGCUGCCGCUGGUUUCGACUAUAUGGUGUCCGACUAUUACUACCGCAAACGGCGGCCAGUGAACCUUACUUUGUUCACUUAUCCAGGUUGUUACAUGGAGGCUAUUGCGGUUGCCAAGCUUGGAGCAGGUUGGAACCAGUUGGUGCUUGUUGGGUCAUAUAACGAGAAUACCUGGCGAAAUAAGGCGCUGUACCCUAACCUCAUACAAGCUGGCCCCAUUAUGGCCCGACCGAUCCUGGCGGUUAUCUUAUCCAUUUUCCAGAAAUUCUCGUGGAGGACUGUGUACGUUGUCUGUGAUAAAGGCGGCACUGCAGGAGCAGUCUCGGUGAUUGGUAGUCAAGCGGUGACGGCACGGUUACGCGCGACACCAGGAUCCGUCGCGUACUUAUCCACAGUAGACACCACGAAAAACGACACGUUUACAGCGACCAUUCGCGACAUUAAAACAACAGCACGAAUUAUCAGCUUUUGGGGUCACGCCAACGCACUACGAAAAUUUAUGAUAGAGGCCCACCAGAACAACAUGACGAAUGGCGAAUAUGUUUACGUUGCCUUGGGUCCGUUUGAAUAUCCAACGCCAUUAUAUGGCAACAUAACGUGGCAGUACAACGACGAAUUUGACGAGAUUGCAUUCGAAGCGUACAAGUCCUUGUUCGUCGUUAUCCCAUCUUCUUCGGGGGAAGCCUUGAUCCGGCGGUCGAAGAGCAAAUACAACUACACGUACAAACCCGGCGAUGUGCCAAAUCCCAUCGUUGUUACCCAGAUUGGCUGCAUACACAUGCUGGGUACCAUUAUCAACGAAACACUGACUGGUGCAAACGGAUCCAGUCUGUUCAUUGAAAAUAGCGGUGGACUGGCCAAACGUUUUUGGAAUCGGACGAUUCAGACACCGGUGGGACCAUUUAGUUUCGACGAAGUUGGUGAGCGCCGAGUGCAGCAAGAAGUGCAACAGAUGAAUCUGUCGACAGGAAAAUUUGAGGCGUUUAUGUACCAAGAUCCGUAUACGUUUCGCCUGGUCUCCGUUAAGCCGCUUGUGUGGUUCAGCGGAGAUCUGCCUCGCGACAUCCCUGAAUGUGGCUUUACUGGGCAAACAGGACCAUGUGCACUAGCUGCAGAAAAUGCGCGUAGGGCUGUGAUAGCGAUUGCUGUUGGUGUUAUCGUUGGGGUGACUGUUGUUUUGGUUUCAAGUGCUCUAAUCGUCAGGAAACUGACGGCGGAGUCUCAACUAAAGGCAACCAAGUUUUAUCUGGAUUCGCCGCUUGUCUUUAGCGAGAAUUUGGGCACAGGCAAAGAGAAAGCUCAUGAAACGGCGCUCUACAAGGAACAACCAGUAUCUGUAGUGCGGUAUCCUCUUUCCAAUUACGAAAAAUCUAAAACAAUGUCGACCAAUCGGGAAUUCCUGAUCUGUGUGAAAGGGACGCUGGACCUUUUCCAUCCGAAUAUCAGCCGGUUCAUUGGCAUUGAGCUGCAAACAGAUGCAGUUCUAUUAGUUUAUAACUACUGCCAACGGGGCACUUUAAAGCGCUUUUUAACUAGCCCGCAGAUCACUCUGGACUGGGAUCUAAAAAGUGGAUUGGCGAUUGAUUUGCUUCAAGGUGUAAAAGCAAUUAACACGGGCAUUCCAAUGCGGUAUCAUGGGCUGGUUUGCUGCUCAACCUGUAUGAUCAAUAAUCAUUUUAAUCUAAAAAUAACGGAUUUCACGGCACCAUCCAUGCUAAGGAGUGGUUUUUCUCUGGAUUACUGGGCGGAAUGCAGCUCUUAUGACCAGUUUCACAUAGCGCCUGAGAUCGUCCGCUCAAGAGAUUUCAAAGCCACAACGGCAAAAAGUCAUAUGUACUCCAUUGGGACAGUCAUUGUAGAAAUUGUAAUGGAAGCUGUUUUGGAAAAGCAUUCAAUGACACCAUUAAAUGCAGAAGGCGCUCCUUCCAUGGCCGUAAUCAAGAAGCCGUCAUUACAAAAGGCUAUUUGGAAGUGUAUGGAGGAAGAUCCAUCUAGUCGGACAACACUUGAUAAGCUGCUGCAUAUGUUCAAAGCGGACAGUGGGAAGCGGACAGUAGUAGAAAAGGUUAUUCGAACACUUUCCAAGUACGCCAAUGAUCUGGAGCAUGCGGUGGCAUUGCGAACACAAGAUCUGCUGACAGAGCGACAAAAAUGUGAUGCUCUGCUGCAGCACAUGCUUCCAGCGACGGUUGUUGAAAAACUGCGACGUCAAGAAAUUGUACACCCGGAAACUUUCGAAUCGGUGACCUUGCAGUUCAGUGAUAUAGUGGGUUUCAUGGAGUUUGUACGGGAUGUUCUUCCGUUCGAUGUUGUGGAGUUCCUCAAUAAAUCUCACGGUUUGUUUGAUGAGACAAUAAGUGGGUUUGAAGUGUACAAAGUGGAGACGAUCAGCGAUUCGUAUUUUAUUGCCAGCGGGUUACCAAAGCGCAUUGGCGAUAAGCACGCCUGCGAAAUGUGCCGAGCUGCGCUGUGUUUGAUGCAAAGGUUUCGGGAAAAAUUUAGCCAAUCAGAUAUGCAGCUCCGAAUCGGAAUUCACACUGGAUCCUGUGUGGCAGCUGUAGCCGGCUUGCAGCGACCACGAUAUUGUUUGUUUGGUGAUACCGUAAACACAACUUCGAGAAUGGAAAGCCACGGUGAGGGUUCACGAAUCCAUCUUAGCAGCGUAACAGCCCGAUUACUUACGGAAACCACAAACGAGCUUGAGUGCAUUUCGCGUGGAAGCAUCCAGAUCAAAGGCAAAGGAGAAAUGGAAACAUUCUGGUUGAGAAUCUGAGAAGAUUUCUGUCACCUUGGUUUGGUGACUUUUGGAGCAUGUACACUUGAACGUGGAUGAGAUCAUGACAUACUCUAGAUAAAAUUUUUUGUGAUC